UCUGAUUGGCUGGCAAAGCCGGUGCUCUGCAGUCGCGGCUGCUGCUGCUGCUGAGGUGGUUUCUGAGCAGCAGCCGCGAUUCAGCUGCUGAGGGGCUGGGAGCGAGAGAGGGGAGCGGCGGAGCCACCCCCGCAGUGGGGACUGUGGUGUCCCCCACCUGCUGGGGGGCUCUGCGCCCAGGGGCGCCGCUGUGGGGUUUUCUCCCCAGCCACUCCCUGACGCAGAAGCAGCAACGGAGGCAGCCGGGAAAGCGGCAGCGGCGUCCCGGUCCGCUGGAACAAAGGCGCCGUCGGACCUUCGGGCACCUGCCUUGCCCUCCGCGGAGCGAUGGCGUCGUUCAGCCUGGGAGGACUCAAUGCCUCCUCUCGGAGGAGAAGCAUCCAUUCCCGCAACGCGACCGUCGAGAGGCGGAACCUCAUCACCGUCUGCAGAAAAAGGAGGGCAAGACCUGAAUGGAAAGGAGGAGCAGGAUGAGGAUGGCAGUGAAAGAUUUUCUGUCAAGACACUGAUUGAUCGUUCUUGCUUUGAAACUAUUGAUGAUUCAUCUCCUGAAUUUAACAAUUUUGCAGCCAUUCUGGAACAAAUUCUAAGCCAUCGACUCAAAGGUCAGAUCACAUGGUUUGGCUAUGAAAGCCCUCGUAGCUUCUGGGAUUACAUCAAGGUAGCUUGCCGCAAGGUUUCACACAACUGCAUUUGUAGCAUUGAGAACAUGGAAAAUGUCAGUUCUUCAAGAGCUAAGGGAAGAGCUUGGAUUAGAGUAGCACUUAUGGAAAAACACUUAUCUGAAUAUAUUUCCACAGCUUUGAGAGACUUCAAAACAACCAGAAGAUUCUAUGAAGAUGGGGCGAUUGUUCUGGGAGAAGAAGCAAACAUGCUUGCUGGUAUGCUGUUGGGCCUCAAUGCUAUUGAUUUCAGUUUCUGCCUCAAGGGAGAGGGUCUGGAUGGCAACUAUCCAGCUGUGAUAGACUACACACCUUACCUGAAGUUCACCCAAAGUUCUGACAGCAUCAGUAGUGAUGAAGAAGAGCUAAGGACCCUGGGCAGUAGUGGCAGUGAAAGUAGUACUCCAGAUAACAUUGGUCCUCCAUUCAUCAUGGAUGAGAACAGCUGGUUCAACAAAUGCAAAAGGGUGGAACAGAAGUAUCGCCUUACACUGGAACAGAAGGGUUAUCUAGAAGAACUGGUACGACUUAGAGAGAACCAGUUAGCCGAAUCCAUUGCUCAGAAGAAAGUAUUGCGCCAGACAAUAGAAGCUAUGGAGCUUGCCCAGAAAAUGGAAAAGGAACAACUUGAGUACAUCAUUGUGGAACUGCAGGAUCAACUAACUGUGCUAAAGAAUAAUGAUUUAAGAUCAAGACAAGAAUUAACUACCCAUCUCACCAAUCAGUGGCCUUCCCCAGGAGUUCUGGAUGUUAAUGCUGUUGCCUUGGAUACGCUACUUUAUCGAAAGCAAAAUAAGCAAUGGGAUGAAAAAAGUUUUCACAGCCUGGACCAGCUCUCGGCAGAUGUUAGUCUUUCUCAGACAUCUCUGGAUCCCAGCCAUUCACAAGAUGGAGAUGGGAAAUCGCAUGGGUUAAGUUUGCUUAGUGAAGGGAAAAAAUUCUCAAUGUGAUAUUUACUAAGUGAAAAUGCUGGCAAGAGCAACUAGACUUACAGAACCAGCUGCUGCUCCUGAUGGGAAGGUGAUAAAGAAUGUUGGCUCAUGUUUUCCUGAUCUCUUGCACAACCUCUUCUUGAAGUAUUCAUAGUUACACCAGUACAGUGCUAUGGGGACAGAGAAAUGGUAUUGCAAGUGUCUACAGUCAGAAAAAUACAACAAGAAACUAAAAAACUGGAAAUGAAUUCAAGAAUCACACAUCCUACAGUCAUAUAGGGUUAGUUUUGUAGCAACUAUAGAACCACCAAUUUCCCACAAAGCAGACUAAGCACUUGUCAUGAUGUAGACUUCAUUCGUACCACAUUAUAGAUUUAAAAACAAAUCUAAUUGUAUUAUUGGCAGAUUUUCUUUAACCUCAGCCCUACUGCACUGACUGUAAUCUACAUGUUAAAAACUGUUUUGAAGCAGAGUUUGGUUCAGAAAAGGUCUGAAGGUUUUGGAUGAAGUCCAAUUUCUGAAGCUAAGCAAGCUUUGAUAAACAUUCCAAUAGAAAAGAAGAAACUGAGCUCAAUGCAUAUGACAAAUAAGCAGUUCUACUGAUGCAAAACAAAUCAUACCUGAAAAUGGCACAUCUCUAAGAACAGUGGGGCCCCAUCCUUUCCAGAGUGAAAGCCAGCCAUCUUUGGCCAUGUUACUACUAAUGCAAGCACUUAGUUGUUUGUAAGUCAACCGGCGAAACUGCAUUCUUGUUCUAAUCAUUUCAACUGGACUUAUUAUAGUUGCUGCACCCACUACAAUUGAGAGAAAAACGGCAAGAUGCUCAAACAGGUCUAGUAAUGCAACAGUUUCCCAAACAGCAUCUAUGACACAAGAUUCCACCCCCCCCCCCGUUUUGUCUACACGUGGCAUUUUUCAAUGUAGUUAAUCACUCUAUGAGAUGAGAACUGUAUUUAAUAAUAAUAAUAAUAAUAAUAAUAAUAAUAAUGAUAAUAAUAAUAAUAAUAAUAAUAAUAAUAAUAAAAAAAAAUAUAGGUAGCUGUUGGUCCAAGAGGAGCAAAGUACUACUUCAAACUUCCAUAUAAAGAAGUCAAGAUCUCAGGAAAUAUUGUUUACAAUGUAGAUUUUAAACAAGCAAAUCUAACUGUAAUGUGACUUAUACAGUAUAAAGGGAAAAUUGUGCUUAGUCUGUGAUUAAUGCUGGUUUUCUUAAAAAGAAAGCUUAUCUCUCUCUCCCCACCACCCAGAACCACAACACAGUUUGUUCCACUAAUUCCUCUGGAGCUCAUUUCCCCAAAAGUGUUAACAAAGUGUCAAAGUAUUAACAGGUUAAAUUGGCCAUUCUUGUGGAUUUGGAAUGGUGGAUUUGCAAAUUAAAUGCAUGGUGCAGAUAUAAAAUUCCCUCAUCUUUUAAUCCAAUUAAGAGAUAAGUAGCACCCUAUGUUCUUGCAUACCAGUCCUGGGAUCAUGACAUCCUGCACUCUUUCCUUGUCACCAUGCAAUUUCCCUUUUCUGUGUGAAUCAUUAUUCAGCACCCCCACCUACAUGUCCUUUCCUCUCUUAUUACCUGCAGUGACAAAUAUUAUAUGUGAUGGGGCAGAUCCAGGUUUAAACAAAUGGGCCUGGUGCUGUCAUGUGGUUUGAGCAGCUGUGUCACAAGUGUGUGUUCCCAGCUAUGAUUGGUGUGCCAGCUGCCAAUGUGUCCUGGGCAACAGAUCUUGGUACUACGAAACAUUCCUGGUUAACAUCUAAGUUGAACAACUGCAGAGUGUUUGACACAAGGCUGCCUUUGAAAAGUGUUGAGAAAGUAAAGCUAGUCCAGAACCUUGCAGCAUGACUGCAAAGUAUCUAGUGAACCAUUUCUGUGUUCAGGAUGAUGGUUAAAAAAAGCCUCUUUAGAAAGGCCUAUUACUCACAUAACAAGUUAGACAGCUUGUGAAAUUAUUGCUUUCAAAUGACUGUAGUUUUAGGCCUGAAUUGCUGAAAAUUUUUAUUUAGUUGUCUUAAUGAGUUUUUAAAAAUGUAUUAUUAUUGUAAACUACUUCAGGGGCCAUAUUCUUGGCCAGGAAAUGGGAUAUACAUGUAAACAAAACAAACUAUGGAUAGUGAUCACUUUGGCUCAGCCAUAACAUUAAUCAGUGGUCAGUACAGAAAGGGGAAGUCACUUCCAAGCUCAUGGAGUGCUCCUGAUUUCUGAACCAUGCUAGAAUAGGAAAUAAUAUGCCUGAAACAGCCCAAUGUUCUUCCCUGUUUAAAUCUAAGGAAUAAAAACUUGACUAAAUUAUAUUCCUUUUACCACCACAAAGAAUAAUUUCACAUAACAAAAGACUGUUUGUUGAGCAGCACUAUCACAAUUUAUUGUACUAUUCUUGCUGCAAUCAUAUUAAAUACAACAAACUAGAUAUUAGAGACUGUUUGACUCACAUCUGGCUAUGCCCCCUGCAAUAAGUGGAAUGUAGACAUUAUCUUCUCCUAUUUUAGAAAUGAAGGCAUCACGCAGUUGAUCAUAGCAAGUAAAAUAAAUUACUGCCGUUGGAACUGAAACUGCUCUAAAAUAAAAAUAUAAACAUUUAGUGAGUGCUGUCAGUCAUUAAGAAUUGCUCUGGUCAAUUAACUGUUUUCCUUCUAACCAAUUCAUUAACUGAAUAAAAUACUACAGUGGGCUGGUUCAAAUGUACGCUAGGAUUACACUAUUUGUGCAAUGUCUUUGGGAAAUGCAUGUUCUCUCCUCCAUUUGAACAGAGCAAUGAAUCCUGGCUUAGUCUAACCAUGGUUCCAAAAAACUCCAGUAUCUGAACCCAAUCUUGGUUUAUUUUGGAACUCUGGUUAAUAUAAGACAGGAUCACUCAACUUGGAUGUAACAAGCAAUGUGAAUCAGAAGUAGAAAGAUAUCACAUGUUUCUGAAGCAUGGAGAUAUGUGAAGCCAGGAUAUAAUCCUGGAUCUCUGUAUGUCUGAACUGCUCUAUUGUAUCAAAGCUAUUGCAGGUAUUCUUUGCAAUAAAUCUGUAGUCUCUUUAUUUA